AUCAGAUGUUAAGAAUCAGAGUGGAAGUUUUGAAAUUUCACUUAAGAAAUAUGCCAAGGAGACCACCGAAACUCUGUUGAGAUGGAAGGAUGCUUUGCGAGCAGUAGGUGAUAAGAGUGGAUGGGUUCUUGAAGAUGGGGCUGAUCAAUCAGAGCUAGUGGAGAAAGUUGUUCAAAGUGUCUGGAUUCGACUGAAUAAAGUCCCCUUGAUUGAUGUCAAACACCCUGUUGGAUUAGAAACCCGUGUCCAAUCUAUAUUAUCCAUACUAUCAAAUACCAAUCCUAAAGAUGUUCAGUUUCUAGGGAUAUGUGGUUUAGGUGGCAUUGGGAAGACAACCAUUGCGACAACCGUUUACAACCACAUCUUUAAAAACUUUAGCCGGAGUUGUUUUCUAGAUGACAUUAGAGAGAAAGCAUCACAACCCAAUGGUAUUGGAUUUUUGCAAGAGAAACUUCUUUAUAGUGUCUGUGGGGAGGACAUAAAAAUAUGCAAUCCUAAGGAGGGAUCAAGAUUGAUAAAAGAAAGACUUAGGGAGAUAAAAAUUCUUCUCAUUCUGGAUGAUGUGGGCCAUCAUACCCAAUUAGAUGCAUUGGCUGGUGAUAUUAAUUGGUUUGGUCCUGGAAGUUGGAUAAUUAUAACAACUAGAGAUCAGAGCAUUCUUGGUAGAAUUCCUCAAAAUAAUAGAAAAGUAUAUGAGCCUGAAGAGUUGGAUAUGAAUGAAGCCUUCAACUCUUUAGUUCUUAUGCUUUUGAUUCUGACCAACCUCUUGAUGGUUAUAUACAACUUUCAAUUGAUAUAGUACACACUACAGGAGGGUUGCCCUUAGCCUUGGAGGUUUUGGGUUCUGAUUUAUCUAUGGAAAGAGAUAAAGAAGUAUGGAAAAGCAUGUAUCGGAUGUUGAAACAAGUUCUUCAUAAUGAUGUCUAUGGAAAACUAAAGAUAAGCUAUGAUAGUCUGCAAGAUGAUAUUGAGAAAACCAUGUUUCUUGAUGUUGCAUGUUGUUUUAUAGGAUAUGAGGAAGAAUACGUAAUUUCCCUAUGGGAAGCUUGUGGCUUUGAACCGAAAUACCAUUUAGCAGUUCUCAAGAGAAAAUCUCUCUUAAAGAUUAGUGAGCGGGAAAUACAUAGUGGCAAGUAUAUGAGUAAAUCAAAAGUCUUGUUGAUGCACGAUCAGAUCCGUGACAUGGGAAGGCGAAUUGCCAACAACCGAAGCCCUACAGAACUUUGUAAUUAUAGUAGGAUAUGGUCUGGUGACAAUAUCAUGAAAGUAUUAAAUGGUGAUAAGAGAAACAAAAUGGAUGGAGAUCUCCCCCGUAACUUGAACUUGAACUACGAUACCAAAAUUUUUCAGAAGAUGCCCAAUCUAAGAUUACUACGAGUUGAUGAUGCCACCUUGGAGGGGAACUUUCAGUGUCUUCCUCCUACAUUAAGAUGGCUGGGUUGGUGUUAUUGUCCAUUGGAAAAACUACCUUCCAAUUUUUAUCAUGAAGAAAUAGUUAUGCUCGACUUAAGUCAUGGCUGUUUUAAACUAGCUUGGAGUGAUUGGCUUGAAAAUAAGCUAUUUCAACGGUUGAAAGUUCUUAAACUCAGCUAUUGUCAGAAUAUGUCCGAGUCUCUGGACUUCUCAGGAUUUCCUCAAUUAGAGAAGUUGUAUCUUAAUAAUUGCCGUUCUUUGUUUAAUUUACAUGAAUCAUUAGGGCAGCUCCAACAGCUCGUUUACUUGAACUUGGCCUUUUGCCCUUCUCUUAAGAAACUCCCAGAUACUAUCUGUAGGUUGAGUUCUCUCCAGAAGCUUAUUCUCAGUCAUUGCUCCUCACUUAGAGAGUUGCCCGAGUCCAUUGGUGAUUUGAAAGAAUCAUUGGUUGAGCUUUUCUUGGACUAUACAGGAAUUGAAGCAUUGCCUGAUAGUUUUGGACUGUUAAAGAAGUUGGAUGUAUUGGAUCUUUCACAAUGCUUUGAGCUAUUGGAUCUGUCAAGGUCAUUCGAAAAUAUGACAUCUUUGCGUUUCAUUCACCUAAGUGGUGGACGUGCCAAGCUUCGAAACAUACCUAACCUGCCCUCUACUUUAGUUGAACUUCGUCUUUGCGAAUUUGUGGAAGCAUACUCAUCAGCCGUUGACAAUAUGUACAAUUUGAAAAGGUUGGAGUUAUUGUGCCUUAAAACUUUGUGCGGAAAAGAGGAACAGUUUAUAAGAGGCGUUGUGAGGACAAGUUACAUUGAAUUCCGUAAGCUUGGAUUUGGUAUGCGGGAACUGUCGUUUGGAGUGGUGAAUCAUAUAUGUGUUCAUUAUCGGUGGCUAACGCACAGCCAGGUCCAGUCCUCUCCUUUCCUCGUAGAGGGAGAAUGUCUGCGGGCUAACAAUGAAGGUCUGAGACAAAUUUGGAUAGGUUUGCAAGAUCAGAGAGAUGAAGGUUUGUUUCGUAAAUAUGUGAUUGAUGAUGAUGAUGAUGAUGAUGAUGAUGAUGAGAUCUGUAGGAGGAGGUUAGUUAUGCACGUUUCUAUGAGAGUGAGCGGAUUUGAUCCAAUAUUUGCCAGACAAGUGAAGGGUGCACUACGAGUAAAGACAACUCUGGAAUUUAAAGCUCGUAUUCAUGGCCACAAAGACCAAAAAAUAAGCUAUUGUGAAAGUAGUAGGCUGAGAUUUGAGGACGUUGAAUUCAUAAAUCGAGACAUACAUGGCGUUCCCAAAUUCAGACGGUUUGAUUAUUUAAAUAUAGAAUGCGUUCACAGAUUCAAAGGGUUUGAUUGGUUCGGGUUUCAGCUGGAAGGUGGGGAUACCAUUGAGAUAUUAGAGGUAGAUCAAUAUCAUGAUCCUGCUGAUGAAUAUGGCCGUGAACGAGGGAUCCGUUGCACUGUGACAGAGCUGAACCUCUUCCUAAUGAAAGAGGAUGAGGAGCCUAACUUGAAGAUGUUCUACAAUAAUCCAUCCAGUACUACUGUUGCUCCGAACAAGAAGAGGAGACUUACUGAUCAGGGUGAAUACUGUAGCGAGGACUACCAUGAGGAUCUUCAUUAAUUAUCUGGUGAGAGUUAUAUGAGGCCUUGCAUUUUCAUUCUAAUCUCUAACCGUGCCGCUGCUGCUUGUGCUUCUUUCUUUCUUCUUCUUCUUCUUUUUAAUGUCCUCAUUAGUGUCUGAUAUAAAUAAGGUGGUAAUUACAAAAACCGAAUUAGGAUGGACGAAAUCACUGAGUCCGGUUCAAGUUAUCAUAGGAGAAUGAUUCUUGUACGGUGUUUGAUUUACACAUGAAUUCGAAUUCCGCUGAAAAUAAAAACCAAUUAAAGGAGGAAAGAGAUUAAAUGGAGUCCAAAGGUGGAUCAAACACUAUACAAGAAUUAGAAGGGCUUGAUCCGGGCUUGAAAUCACUAGGAUCGAGUUGAUAAUUGGUCUUUGACCGAUUCACUUGUACAAUCUAAAGGUAAAAAUGUAAUAAAAAUCGAUUUAAAUCCAUUGGGCAGCUCCAGAAACUCGUUUACUUGAAAGCAUUGUCUUGGGAAACUCCCAAACAGUAUAUGUGGGUUGAGUUCUCUCCAUAAGCUUAUUCUCAAUCAUUGCUAUUCACUCGAAAAUUUGCCCAAGUCCAUUGGUGAUCUAAAGGAAUGUUUGGUUGAGCUUUUCCUGGACACAAUAGGAAUUAAAGCACUGCUGGACAGUAUUGGAGAGUUAAAAAAGCUGGAGGUAUUGGAUCUUUCACACUGCUAUGAGCUAGUGGUUCCGUCAAGGUCAAUGGAAAAUAUGUCGUCUUUGCGUUACAUUCUCUUGAAUGAACAUAGCAAGCUGCAACAUAUGCCAAAGCUACCCUCUACUUUAAUUGAAUUUCGUGUUGUUUGCCAACAAUCGGUAGACUCAAGAAGAUCAAUGGACGGCUUGGCAGACAUGCAUAACAUGAAAAGGUUGGAUUUAUUGUGCCUUCAACAUUUGUGCAUAAAGGAGGAGAAGUUUAUAAGAGGCGUCGUGAGGACAAGUUACGGUGAGUUCAGUGUGCUGGAACCGAAGCGUCCAAUUUGUGUUCAUUAUUCAUCGCUGACGGCUGGCCAGGUGAGGUCUUUAAUUUUUUUUCCUUCUUCUUUUCGUUUUUACGAUGAAGAGGUGAGGAGGAUCCUUUUAAGUUUUAUCUAUCUAUAUAUGCCCGUUACCUUCUUGAACUCUAACUAGCAAAUGCCAAAAACCUUCUAAUUAUGGUUUUCUCAGAUUGAUGAUCGACAAGUACUUUCCUCUCCUAUCUUCUUACGGGGGAGUCUGGAUUAUCCAUACAUAUGUGCAGAGAAUUUCAUGAACUCAUAUGAGGGAACAUGUGUACCGGGAAAAAAUAAUGGUCGGAGACAAAUUUGGAUAUGUUUGCAAGAGAGAGAUGAAGGUCUAUUUCGUAAAUACCUGAUUCCGGAUGGUGAUGAGAUCUGUAUUAGCAGGUUACUUAUGCUCGUUUCUAUGAGAUUCAGCGAUUUCGGUCCAAUACCUGGCGGACUAGUGGAGGUUGCAGUAGGAGUAAAUAUAACUCUGAAUUUUAUUUUCAGUCCAAUACCCAAUGGUUUUGAUUGGUUCGGGUUUCAGUUGGAAGGCGGAGAUACAAUAGAGAUAAUUUGAAAUAAAUCUAGAAGAUCUUCCUCAUGAUGCUGAUGAUCCUGGGUUCUGUUUCUCUGUGACAGAUCUGAAUCUCUUCCUAAUAAAAGAGGAGCCUAACUUGGAGAUGUUUUACAAUCAAUCCAUUAGUACUGUUGUUCCUGAGCAAGAAGAGAGGACUACUGAAACGGAGAAUGCAGAGGGUGACGAAAGGAUUAAUGAAACCGGGGACGCAGAGGGAGAGGAGAGGAGAGGACUAAUGAGAUAAGUAUAAUAAACAUGCUCUCGACAAUGAUGAAGCAGGUCCUCCUCUGUUGUUGCUCAACGAGUUAGUACUGUGAAUACCGCAGCAAUUAUUCCGGACUGCUUUUCUGGUGAGCGUUAUGAUGGAGAGUACAUUCGGAGUAAUAUGUCACAACCCUGCACAAGAACAUUCUCAUAAGAAGACAGAUGCAGCAGGUUAUGACACCCAGAAGGAGAAUGAAAGUAUUUCUACAAUAAAUAUUCUGAGACUCGAUGCAACUGGUAUUGUAAAUUUAAUUUAUUCAUUUAUUUCUUUGUUUUCUUUUUCUUCAGUAAUGAGUACAGAAAAAAUACAUGCACAUAUUUUCUAAAUGCUGUGAGGAUUGAGUAUUCCAAUCAGAUGGUGGAUAGCAAGAAAUCCACCCCCAAAUUCUUUUGUUGGUGUUUCCUUUACAAUCUUUGGACGAAAAUUUUCAGAUGGGCACAGUAAGUAGCAAUAAAUCAUAUUUUAGCAUCUCAGAUACUGUCAUCUCAUAAACAUAAGCUAGUGAAUGUUUUCUUUUUUCCCCCAUUAAUCAGUUACUAAUUAAAUGAUCCAUUUCUUUGUGUAAAGAUGUAGAAAACAUUCGGAAUAAUAUAUCACAAGUCUGUAUAAGAAUGUUCUCAUAUAAAGAUGGAUUCAGCAGGUUAUGGCACUGAGACAGAGAAUGAAAGUAUUUCUACAAUAAAUAUUCUGAGACUCGAUGCAAUUGGUAUGCUUACAAAUCAAGCCUUACUUGAAUCAGCAUGUUCAACGAAACAAAGCUCCCUACUAAGCAACUAGCUCCUUAUAUCUUCUUUCAGCAUAAAUAAUGCUCCCUUGUAGAAUUCAUCAAGCUGGCUUUAGCUUCAAAGACAUAAGCUAAGGGAAACAAAUUUCAUUUUAGAGACAUGGAAAGGCUGUUCAAUUGGAUGAUCAAAAGAAUCAACUCAGUAAUCAAUGUUUAUAUAUUUUUGCAUCUGUUGAGAUAUGAGUCACAAGUUGGGGGUCUGUCCCAACCUAGUAUAGUUGUUUCCAUUCCAAGUUAAACUAGGUUGCUUUUGUAUGAUUUGGUUUCCUCUUUGGAGUAAAUUUUCUAGUUAGCCUACAA